AUGCAGCAAGCAGCUGCACAACAACCGGCAAGUCAGCCGGCGGCGGCGAGGGAUGCGCCGCCGAAGCAGGUAGCGCAGGCGUUGGAGCAGCUGGGGCAGGCGGGGAGGCUGAUCGCUGACGUGCGGCUUGGCGCGGAUCGGCUGCUGGAAGCCUUGUUCUUCGUGGGGGAUAAACCUCACCACCAGCACUCGGCCAAGUGUUUGAAUUUAUUUCUUAAAGAAGAGUCCUUAAUGCGCCACCAUCUCCAGAGCCUCCGCGCCAUAGGAAGACAGCUAGAGGAGUCCGGCGUUCUAAAUGAUUCCCUCCGCUCACGGAGUAAUUCGUGGGGCCUACACAUGCCUCUCGUUUGUCCAGAUGGAGCUGUGGUUGCGUACGCGUGGAAGCGCCAACUUGCUGGCCAGGCUGGUGCAUCUGCAGUUGAUAGGACCAGACUGGCACUCAAGGCAUUUACGGACCAGAAAAGGCGGUUUUUCCCACACCUUUCGGAUGAUUCUGUACUAGGACCAGCUGCAAAGAAACACUGCACACCUCUGCCGAUAUCUCAUGAAGAGAUGAGUGAGCCAAAAACGCUGAGCGACAUUUUAUCAAACCUCGAGAAAGAGGUUUUCAAUCUGAAAACAUUUACUUACCAGCGUAUGGAUUGGCUUGAACGCGCAUCAUCUUUGGCUUCGGGUGCAGAUGAGGGCACCACAGAUCCAUCAAAAGGUCAGAGUACCUUUUCAAGCACAAGCAAGUGGGGACAGAGUUCAGUGAGCUCUCAUGGUGGAGAUAAGUCUGCCGUGAUCGAGUUGCUUCUGCCUUGUGUCUUUAGGGCGAUUAUAUCGCUACACACGGCGGGCUCCAUGGUUCCCGAUGCAGUAGCUUUCUUUUCGCCUGAUGAGGGUGGCAGCUAUCUACAUGCACGGGGUUUUUCAUCUCACCACGUAUAUAAGCAUAUAUCGGAGCAUGCUUCUAUGGCUCUGCAGUACUUUGUUUUUGCGACUCCAGAAAGAGCAUUGCAUUCGCUGCUGCACUGGGUUUGCACUUACCAAACAUUGUUCAUGGAAGCAUGCAGCAAGUGCAGCAAGCUUCUGUCAAUGGACAAACAAUCAGGUUUAGUGUUACCUCCUGUGAAGCGCCCCUUCCGUAAUUUCACUGCUAGUAAAAGUUCGCCAAAAGGCCCCUCUGCCACAAAUGGCAGCCUCAAUCUAAUACCGGCUUUUCACAUUAGCUGCCUCUCAGAGGAAUGA